AUGGUUGAUGCUCAUAACGUAUAUUUUCCUCUUUUACAAUUUACAGUUAAAAGUGAAGAUUCAAUAGAUGAUGAACAACCUGGAAAGGUUAAUGAUGGAUCCAAACUCACGAAGCGUCAACCUUGUCCAGCUGCAGAGAGAAAAUUCUUAACUUUAGAAGACUUUAGUGAAGAUGAAGAUGGUUUGCCCAUAAGUACUGGAAGGAGAAAAAUACAUUCCAAAGUUGUUGAAACUAAUGAAAACCUAGAUAGGCAGCUAAGAGAGGAAAAUGUUAGAGAAAAACCAGCAGAUGAUGAAAAGUGCCAUUCUGCAGGUUCAAAACGGAAGAGCGAUGCUUUUGCGCUAGACAAAAAUCAGAAUAAGCAAAGAGAUUCAUCUGAAAAAGGUCUUGAAAAUAGUAGGAAAUCAAAGAAGAAAAAAGAGAAAGGGAUGAUAAAACAGGGUCCUAGAUCUGGACCUGUCAUGCCAAUUGAUAAUGCAUCUAACGAUGCUUGUAAUUCUCAAGAUCAAAGUGGACUGGAGCAUGGUGCUGAGGAUGUUGAAAAUGGUAACACUGCAGUUCCCAAGAGUGCAGCAAACCGCAGUGUUUUGGAAGUUGAAGAGGUUAAGAAACAGAAGAAUAAAACGAAGAAAAAGAAUACUGCUGAAACUGAUCAAAACAUAGAUACCGACCAGUCCAAGGUGGCAAGCUCAGGUAAUAAAAGAGAGUUGGAAGAGGUUGCAUUCUUGGAAGAUCAUGCAGAGGGGCCACCUAUGAAAGGAGCAAGAACCUUCCCAAAUGGCAUGAUUAUGGAAGCGAUAUCUAUGGGUAAACCGAAUGGAAAGCGAGCCUCCCCGGAAUGAAGGUGAAUUUCUGUACACUACAUUGGCAAGCUGAAGAAAAAUGGGUCAAUUUUUUAUUCCAGUGUGGGCCGGAAACCUUUUAAGUUCUGUCUAGGUAUAGGUGAAGUUAUCAAAGGAUGGGAUGUCGGAAUAAAUGGAACGCGAGUUGGAGAUAAGAGGAGGCUAACCAUCCCUCCAUCUAUGGGGUAUGGAAGCACUGGAAUUGGAAAAAUACCAGGGAAUGCUUGGCUGGUAUUUGAUGUUGAGUUGGUGAAUGUUCAAUGAAGCGACUCUUCUUGCAUUAACCUUGCAUUUAUCAAUGUUUGACAGAGUCAUUGUUGAAACCUGAUUAGUGAAAUGAGGUUUCUUUUUUGG